AUGCAGAUGGCUUCGCUCCUUAACGGCACCCAACGCCACCCUGGCAGUGACGGAUCCCCCAAUGGGACAUCCCCAACUUCCAAAUGUAUUCCCGUUAACGACCAACCGGCAUUCACACCUAAGCGGCUCAGAGUCGUUUGCUCCGGUGCUGGGUAUAGUGGUUUGAUGUUUGCGUACAAAUACAAGUACGAGACACCAUCAGACGGCUUCAUUGAUCUGAUAAUCUAUGAGAAGAAUGAUGAUGUAGGGGGAACCUGGUUGGAAACCCGAUACCCCGGCGUAGCUUGCGACGUCCCUCCUCAUAUUUAUACGUUUUCCUUUGGGCCAAAUCCUGAUUGGACCUCGUUCUACGCGAGUGGUCCGGAAAUCUUGCAGUAUAUCAAGAGGACAACGGACAAGUACAACCUCGAUGAAAAGUUGCAAUUCAAUUCUACCGUCACUUCUACCGUAUGGGACGAUGACAAGGGAAAAUGGCUGCUCAAAAUUCAAAGAGGCGACCAGACAAUCGAGGACCAAGCAGACAUCAAUGGCUCUGGCCUCUUGAACAGAUGGAAAUGGCCGGCUAUAGGGGGCCUGCACUCUUUCAAGGGGAAGCUCCUCCACAGUGCUUCAUGGGACACGUCGUUUGACUGGACGGGAAAGCGUGUUGGCAUCAUAGGGAACGGCUCUUCCGGAAUCCAAACACUUCCCCAAAUGCAGCCUGGUGCGGGACAGAUUGUCCAUUACAUCAGAUCACCCACUUGGAUAUCCAACCCGUUUUCCGCUGAUUUGACGCCAGAAGGAAAGAAUUUCAAUUAUUCAAAAGAGGAAAGGGCACGGUUUCGUGAAAACCCCGAAGAGAUUCUGCAGCUGAGGAAAACGAUUGCACACCACUUUAACCAGUCGUUUUAUGCAAACAUAAUUGGGACUCCUCAAGAAAAGGCUGCCAGCAAAGCUUUUGAGGAAAUGAUGAAACGGAGACUCAACAACGACCCCAAGUUGUGCGAAAAGUUGAUACCUAGUUGGAAAGUAGGUUGCAGACGACUCACGCCUGGGGAAGGAUGUCUAGAAUCUCUGCAACAAUCCCAUGUCACAUUGGAAUUUUCUGCCACAUCCAAGGUCACGGUAACAACAAUCCAGACACGAGGCGGGUUCGAGGAAUUGGACGCCAUUGUCUGCGCGACGGACUUUGAUGUCGGCUUCGUGCCACACUGGGAGGUCAUCGGCAAGAACGGCGUGAAUCUGGCAGAGCAGUGGAAAGAUGAGCCAAGGGCAUAUGGCAGUGUUUGUUCGCCCAACAUGCCCAAUUAUUUCAUCUUCAACGGACCCAAUGCGGCCGUUGGCCACGGCAGCUUGUUGUCCGUCAUGGAGUGGACGGCGGAAUACAUUCUGCGAUGGUGCAGGAAGAUUGCUACCAACAACAUCAAGUCGGCGACGGUUGACCCUAUUGCCACUGAGGAGUACAAUGAAUAUACCCAAGCGUGGUUAAAGAGAACGGUUUCGACCAGCGGAUGUCGAUCGUGGUUCGAGAACAAUCGCCAGGAGGGCAAUGUGACUGCAAUGUAUGCGGGGAUUAUUCUGCAUUACAAGAAGUUUCUGGAAAGCUUCCGCACAGAAGACUUUAAUAUUGACUAUCAUGGUCCAAAUAGAUUUGCAUUUCUGGGCAAUGGCUUGACGGCACGAGAACAGGCGGGAGGAGAUUUGGCCCUUUACGUAUAUAAAUGA